GUUCUCCCAGCACUUUCACUUGUUGAUGGUAUUCUGCACUGUGACAUUGCCAAGGGAUCUUUUUGUACAGAGACAUUCAUGCACUUCAUUGAAGGAUUACUCAACAACAUGCAACCCUAUCCAGCACCAAAUUCAGUGAUUGUGAUGGACAACUGCCAGGUCCACAAGCAUGCAGACAUUCAGAACCUGAUUGAA